AUGGCAAAUUCUUUAAAACAUUUACUAAUUUCACCUACAUUUUUAUCUCCUUUAUCGCCUUCUAGAAAUUUAGCGAGUUUCCCGCGUUUCCCCAAAAGUGAAGGAGAUAAAAUAUUUAUACGGCAAAUAACCAGACCAAAGAAAGUUGCAAAAAAGUUAGAUUUUUCACAAACCAAAGAAAAUUUUAUUGCUAGAAGUAGUACCAAUCUUCCAGAUAUUAGAAUUGUAGAUGAUACUCGAGGGAAUGUGCAACAGAAAUUAAGGCAAAAUCAUAUUUUAAAUAUAAAUACUCCAGUUAAAUUAGAUUUAGUGAAAAAUGGUUUGGAAAAAUUCAAAAACAGUACCACGGUUUUAGGCAAGGGUACUUUUGGUACCGUUUUUAAAGGAUCACACAGAGGGGAAACGGUUGCAGUAAAAAUAGCUACAAAAGAAUGUUCUUCCAGAGAACAAAACGCACUAAACCUAAGCCACAAAAACAUCGUUAAAACCCUUGAAAUAGUACAAAAUGCAGAAAACAAUUAUCAAACUUAUAGUUUGAUAAUAAUGGAAUAUUUACCUAAGUGCAAAAGCCUUCAGGAGGUGCUGGAAAAUUUGCACGAAGAAAACUCUUCUACGCUGGAGCAAUUUGCCAUAGACAUUACAUCUGGAUUAGAUUAUCUACACAAAAAUGGAGUUUUGCAUUUGGAUUUAAAGCCUAAAAAUAUACUGCUAGUGGAACCUGGAAAUAUUUGUAAAAUUUGCGAUUUUGGAAAUUCUGCCAGAAUAGAUGAUAAUUUAGCGAAUUUCAGUCAUAAUGGAACUGUUAUUUAUACAGCUCCAGAAAUACUAUUAGGCAAACCACCAAGUGUUAAAAGUGAUAUUUAUUCACUUGGUUUAGUUUUUUGGCAAAUUGUCUAUCAAAAGAAUCCAUUUUGUGAAUACGACACCAUGGAAAGUAUCAUUUAUAAUGUAAGUAUGUAGGUACAUAUUUUAAUUUUUAUUAUAUGACUUUGAUAACUAAUUGCUAUAGUUAGGAUUAGUGGCCUUUGUGUCGAAAAAUUUGAAACUCUACUGGUAUCCAAGAUAUUUGUAUUGUAUAGAUAAAAUGUUUUACAUUACACGUAGGGUAAUGCUUAUUACUACAAUCGUAUGGUUACCUACGUGGCAAUAUUCCAUUCUUUAGUCAAACAGUAGGUAUGUAUAAUACACGACUCAUACCGCACUUAUAUUUUUGAAUAAUUGUAAAUCAACAAUAAGGUAGGUACUAAAAAUACUAUCCAGGGUUGCAGUUCCAAGGGCAUACCCAAGAUCUGAAAUAGGGGGGGGCUGACCAAAAAAAAAAAAAACAAUGGAUUUUGCAUUUCUCUUUUUAAUUACUAAAUUUUGACAUAACUCGCUUAAUUUUUACUUCAAUAACAAUUUUCUUGGAUUUGUCGCAAAUUUAUUUAAAACUUGAUUUUCAAAUUGCUCUCGAUUUGAUUUAAUUAAAUCAAGAUGCACACUCAUGAGACAUAAUCCUGUUAACCUUUCCUCUCCCAUGGUACUUCUCAACCAAGUCUUCACUCUUCGAAGAGUACUGAAGGAUCGUUCUACAGUGGCCGUGGUGCAUGGAAUUGUGAUUAAAAUCAAAAGUGCCUGUUUUAGGAUGGGAUAAAAAACAUCGUUCUCGUCGAGAAGGUCAGUUAUUUCGACGUCUUUUCGCUGGUCCUCAGUUGACUUUUUUUCCUUCCACAAAUUAUACCAUAGGUCCAUUUCCGCAGUAAUAUCGUCCAAUUUAUAAAACUGGGUAAAAUAUUGUGCAUUUUGUUCUACUUGAUUGGUUUCCAUGUCGAGCAUAUAUAAUGGAUGUAUUUUUGUUAAGGCAAACGCUGGAGUAUGUUCUUGAGAAAAGCGAAUAUUUAAAGAGGCUAUAAUUGAAUCCAGAUACGGUAUAAUUAACGAACGCUUCCAGUAGUCACUAUCACAGUCUGAUGGAGGAUUGUUUCUAUGUAUUUGCCUCUUGGUAAUUCGAGGGAUAGAAAUUUCUAUUUCCAAUUCCAAUGCAAAGUCUUGUGCUUUUUUAAGUACUUCAUCAAUAACUAGGUCGGCAUCUUCACGGUUUUUCUUCAGAACGUUAAGGAUUACGUUCAGAUGUUCUUGCAACUUAAUUAAAUCCAUAGUUUUUGCUUGCAAGGCAUUAACAACCGGCUCCAGUAAAGCUGAAUAUUUUGCAAUUAUAGUUAGGGCAACAAUUAGUGAGGGUUUGGUAACGGCGGCAUGCAACUGGUACGCAGAUUUUCUCGUGGCGUAGUUUCCUUCGAUAGAUAGUUUUUCAAGUGAUUUCACAAUUUCGAGGAAAUUUUGUGCAAAUAAGCGAAUACUUUUGUAUUUUUCAGACCAUCUAGUCUCACACAGUCGUGAUAGAUUAGGAGCGGAACUUCUGCGAGUGGUGGAUUCCCUGAAAAAGGUUAUAACAUCCUUUACGGUGGCAAUAGUGUUUCUAAUUUCCGGAACAUUAUUUGCAUCAUUGACAACAAGAUUAAUUUUAUGGUUUGAGCAAUGAAAAAAUAAUGCUCGUGUGUACUUUUUCCUUAAAAUCGCUUGUACGCCACCCUCUUUGCCCGCCAUCGUAGCGCAGCCAUCAAAACCAAGUCCUACACAACUAUGCGGUGAAAAAUUAUAGCUAACUAAAAAAUUGUCUAUUGCAUUGGCAAUUGCUGGGGCAUCCUGUGCUGUCAGCUCCACAAAACCCACAAAUUCUUCUCGGACUUUUUUUUUACUUUCAUCAUAGAAACGCAAGCCAAUGGAUAGCUGCUCCUUUCCUGAAACGUCGGCUGUCUCGUCGGCUAAAACUGUGUAGAACAUGGCUUUCUUUGCAUCAUUUAUCACACUCUCCCUAAUAACUUCGCCACAUAAAUAUAUGAGUUGGUUUUGUAUUUUUGGUGACGUAUAAACAGCAUUUCUACGACACUUUUCCAGGUGAUUCUUUAAUUUGAUGUCGCCUGACUCAACUCGGAAAUUCAUUAGAUCGAAAAAAACUCCCUCAUCUGCUUCUUUUCCUCGUAGAGGCAUAUCGUGUGUGCCACAGAAUACUACACAGGAAAUAAUAGAGGCCAAUAUUUGCUUGUUCUCUUCGAUUGUUUUUUGGUGGAAACUUUGAACUUGAAUGUCCACAGGUAUAUUUUCGAGAAAGGCCUUUGCAGCAGCAGAUGCAGAUUUGUGAAAGUUAUUGGUGGCAUGUUUACGACAAUCUUCGUGCAUAUUCCUAAACUUCGUAAAUGGUCUGAUCAUAAAUGAACCUAACACUCCCCUUACUGUGCCAGUAGAAGGAGGAAAUAAAACACAGUGCUUACACAGAGCACCCUUCAGUCGCUUGGAAUACACUAACCAUGGUGUGUAUUGAUCUAACCAAGCAUAAUUAAAUUUUCUUCGCAAAUGACUGGCAUCGGCUGCAAAAUCGUAAUUCUUGGGUGGAACCCACGGAUUUUUUAACAACUCUUUUUUUCUUUCCAUCGUCAGGUGAAAUGUUUGUCCUACAUAACGACCCAAGUCAUUUUCGUGGCAACCAUCAUUCUCUUCAAUUUUGGGAUUGACUACAGAGCCAGAUGUUGACGGUAAAGAUUCUAAAUUAGGAGCAGUGACUUUGUUAGAUCUCAAAGAAUUUAGCGGUUGCUCAGAUUCAGAUUCAGUUUUAGAUGGGCUUGGCGAUGAAAUUUGAUCAUUGUUAUCAUCGCUCCCGCUGCUACUGUCAUGUUCUUUUUUCCUCUUGAGAGUUUUAGUAGCUG